AACACACACAGUUAGUUAGUUCUUACUAGAGAGGAGAAUGGGAGAGGAGAAGCCGAAAUUCGGUGGUGUAUGGCCCACAGUCAAACCGUUUGUCAAUGGCGGAGCCUCUGGAAUGCUCGCUACUUGUGUCAUCCAACCCAUCGAUAUGAUUAAGGUGAGAAUUCAGUUGGGCCAGGGUUCAGCAACAGAGGUGACAAGGAACAUGUUGAAGAACGAUGGUAUUGGCGCCUUUUACAAGGGGCUCUCUGCUGGACUGCUUAGACAAGCUACAUAUACAACUGCCCGACUUGGAUCUUUUAAGAUUUUGACAAAUAAGGCGAUUGAGGCAAAUGAUGGAAAGCCCCUUCCUUUAUAUCAGAAGGCUUUGUGUGGGCUAACUGCUGGAGCAAUUGGAGCAUCUGUUGGUAGUCCAGCAGAUUUAGCGCUCAUUCGAAUGCAGGCAGAUGCUACCUUACCUGCUGCACAGAGGCGGAACUACACAAAUGCAUUCCAUGCUCUCUAUCGUAUUGUGGCGGAUGAAGGAGUUUUGUCACUAUGGAAAGGUGCAGGCCCUACUGUUGUGAGGGCAAUGGCACUGAAUAUGGGAAUGCUUGCCUCUUAUGACCAAAGUGUGGAGUUCUGCAAGGAUUCUCUUGGUUUUGGUGAAACAGCUACAGUGUUGGGGGCCAGUACGGUUUCAGGAUUUUUUGCUGCAGCUUGCAGUUUACCAUUUGAUUAUGUGAAAACCCAAAUACAGAAGAUGCAACCUGAUGCUGAAGGGAAAUACCCGUACAGUGGUUCUUUAGAUUGUGCCAUGAAAACCCUGAAAUCUGGUGGACCCUUAAAAUUCUAUACCGGGUUUCCCGUAUAUUGUGUUAGGAUUGCACCCCAUGUCAUGAUGACAUGGAUAUUCCUCAACCAAAUCCAAAAGCUGGAGAAGUCUGUUGGAUUGUAGUGGUGUGCAGAUGCAGAUAUAUCUCAAUGGAGUUGAGCUCUAACAGUGAGAAUAAUUCUUUUGGUCGUGUUGUAUUUGUGGUGGCUAUGCGUAGUUCAUGCCCUUGAGCCAAGCUGUUGCUCCAAAGAUUUUGCACUGACUGAGAAUUGUUGUAUUGCAUCUGACUGGGUUAUAGUUUUGGGGGCUGGGGCAGAUUUAGACAAGGUUUUUACCCUUUUUUUUCCUCCCAUACUUAUUUGGGGUUCUUGAGAUACAAUUGAUCAAGCAAAAAUAAUUGACGUAGUCAGAAUUAGUUCUAUGAA